AUGGCAUCUGAAGGAAAUUCUAGUGAUAUAGAUCUUUCAUCUGAUAUAUCUCAAGUUCCGAUACCUCGAUUUAUUCGCUUAACUAUCUUACUUGUAAUGGAUAUACCAUCAUCAAUUUAUACAAUAUUUAUUCUAUUAAAUAUAUUUAAAAAUCGAUUAUUAAGAGAAUCAUUACAUAACCAUGUUAUCAUCGCUAUUCUCUUAAGUAUACUUCCAACUCAAUUAAUAGACAUACCAUUUCAUAUAAUUUAUCUUAGUCUCGAUUAUGUUUGGCCAUCAAAUCCUAUUUUUUGUCUUUUUUGGUUAUUUAUAUCUGUUGGAAUAUUUGAUACAACAGGUAUAUUAAUGGCAUAUGCAACUAUAGAAAGACAUAUAUUGAUCUUUCAUGAUCGAUGGUUGAUUAAUAAAAAACGACGAAUAUUUAUUCAUUAUAUUCCUCUAUAUUCUGUUAUUAUUUAUAGUUUAAUAUUCUAUAUAUAUGUAAUAUUGUUUCCACCAUGUCUAACUAAUUUCGAUUAUACACAAGCAUGGUGUUCUUAUCCAUGUUAUUAUGAUAACAAUAUUCUAUCAAUGUAUGAUUCAAUUGUUAAUGUAGUAUUACCAGCAUUUAUUAUUGUAUUUUUCAGUAUUGCACUUUUAUUACGCUUUAUUAUUCAAAGACGUCAGUUGAAUUUAAAAAAUGAAUGGAAAAAAUAUCGUCGAAUGAUUAUUCAAAUAACAACUAUGUCAUCAUUACUUAUUAUAUUUAAUUUACCUUUAACUAUUCUUAUGUUAGCACAUUUAUGUGGUCUACCAUCAGAUGUUGGAAUUGAUUUUUCACAAUAUGCUUAUUUUUUUACUUAUUUUAUACCAUUAUUGAUGCCAUUCAUUUGUCUUCAUUCAUUACCAGAAAUUUAUCGUAAACUUAUAAAAAUAUUUCUUAAUUACUGGCGAAAAAUACGACAACAACUAACAGCAACUGUUACACCUAUGAUGUAA